UGGCCGGUUGGCCAAGGAGGGGUUGCUGUCCUUCAGUGUUUUUUUAUACGUACGCGAGAGUGCGUUCAUUCGACUUGCGCGAGGAAAAACUGGUUUUCCGGCGCUGCGCGCAGUGUCCGGCCCUGUCGCGUUCACUGCGAGCGUGUUUGCAGGAGCCGUGAAUCCCAGUGAAAUCGAUUCGACCCCUCUUUCGUCGCGUUCUUCGUUUUCACUGCGGCGUACUUGUUGUCGUGCGUAUGUGGGUGUGUGUGCGGCGUUCGUUUAUGUAUCGGCACGGCAUUCUGGUGAGACCGACUUCGGUGUGAGAGGUCGCUCUAUUGUCGCCGGUGCAGCGAACUGUGUCCGCCGUUCUCCCCGGACGAGACUCCGCGAGGUUCUUCAGUGUCAACAGGAAGCGGAGCUUCUCUUUUCGACGAAGAAGCCAUCGUUUGGAGGCUUCCAUCUCAAACGGGGCGUUUCUGAUUCCGGCGGAGGAGGUGACGUGCCAGACGAAGUGACUGAGCCGUUGGCGUGGUUGCUUCGCAUAAUUCAGGAAACCUCGAAAGUCUACAAAGAAAGCAAGCAUGGAGAUUGUAAUCACGAAGCUUCAGUACAUCUCGUACCUCGGCUUCCUUUGUGGAGCGGUGGGUAUAAUGACGAGCUACGUCAUAGCUGUCAGCAAUGGUGACGUCCAACCGUGGCUGCCGUACAUCAGUGAUGCCGGCGGGGAUCCUCCACAGAGCAGCAUCUUCUCCUUUUCCAUGAUUUUGGUGUCGCUCUGCUUCCUGGUCGGCUGCUGCGUAUGCUACAUGAUCAUGGUGGUGAUGAACUCUACCGAAGACUUCUACGUCAAAUGGCUGAGCCGCCUGAUACCGCUGGCCGGUGCUGGUUGUUCAGCGGGCAUGGUCCUCUUGGCCGUCAACCCCGUUGGUCAUUUGCGGAGAGAUGGCACCUGGCUGUAUCCCAUCUUUGUGCCACACAUGGUCGGAGCCGUGGGCAUGUUCGCCAGUGGCAUCAGCCUCAUGUGGAUACUCGCCUGGUGCUACUAUCUGCUCGAUUAUGGCGCCUGGAAGACCUCCUUCUACACUCGGUGCCUCAUUGCCAUUGUCGGCAUCAUUUCGGGAAUUCUGACAAUCGCGUAUUGCCCGUUAGGCCAAGCGGAUCGCCUGGGACCACUUCCUGAUGGCCCUCGAAAGUAUCCCGAAGGCAUUCUAGUCAGCACAAUAUCGGAAUGGAUGGUCGUCCUAACUUUCAUGGCGUUCACCCUGUCCUUCGCUGCGGAGUUCCGAAAGUUCAAGCUGACGAUCAAACUGGAGUACAUCUCUGAGCCCAGCUCGAGGCGCCCUCAGCUGAAGACGGGAGCUGAGAACCACGGGGAAACGUGCCUCAGGGAAGAGUCACCCGCAUCGACAAAGUGAACGACUGUCUGGACAUGCCUCUAGUCAGCUCUGUGGCCAUUUGCGACCAAUGCGCAUGACGUCGCGAACACGAAUGAAUCGUUGACUGAACGUGCCAUUGU